AUGCCUCGUGGAAGCCGAGGCCGCACUUCCCGCGUGGCCCCUCCUGCCAGCCGCGCUCCACCGGCUGCCAUCGGCUCCCCUGCUGCUGCUCCCCGGCAGCCAGGUCUGAUGGCCCAGAUGGCAACCGCUGCUGCCGGCGUGGCUGUGGGUUCUGCCGUCGGCCACGCUCUGGGACACGCCAUCACUGCGGGCUUCAGCGGAGGAAGCGGUGCUGAACCCUCAAGUCCUGACAUCACUUACCAGGAGCCUCAGGGAACCCAGCCGGCGCAACUGCUGCAGAAUGGCCCCUGCUUCUAUGAGGUGAAACACUUUUUGGAGUGUGCCCAGAGCCAGGGUGACCUUAAACUUUGCGAAGGUUUCAGCGAGGUGCUGAAACAGUGCAGACUGGCCAACGGAUUAGCUUAA